AUGAAAAAAAUUAUCACACCUCAUUUUAACCUUUUCAUUUUCAAUACGAAGAAGUCAUUCCAGGGGCCGCACGAAAAAAGGCUCCUUCAUAAUUUGCUGGAUCAUUAUAACGUACUGGAAAGGCCCGUCGGAAACGAAUCGGAACCUUUACAAUUAAGCUUUGGAUUAACACUUAUGCAAAUAAUAGACGUUGAUGAAAAGAAUCAGUUGCUUAUAACGAACCUUUGGUUGAAAUUGGAAUGGAACGACGUCAAUUUAAGAUGGAAUUCAUCUGAAUAUGGUGGCGUUAAAGAUUUAAGAAUACCGCCUCAUAGAAUUUGGAAACCGGAUGUACUCAUGUACAACAGCGCCGACGAGGGUUUUGAUGGAACUUAUCCUACAAACGUUGUGGUCAGAAAUAAUGGAAGCUGCCUUUAUGUGCCCCCAGGAAUAUUUAAAAGCACGUGUAAAAUAGAUAUAACGUGGUUUCCCUUUGACGAUCAACGUUGCGAAAUGAAAUUCGGAAGUUGGACUUACGAUGGAUUUCAGCUGGAUUUACAAUUACAAGAUGAAGGAGGAGGAGAUAUAAGCAGUUUUAUAACAAACGGUGAAUGGGAUUUAAUAGGUGUUCCAGGAAAACGAAACGAAAUUUACUACAAUUGCUGCCCUGAACCUUACAUAGAUAUAACUUUUAUAAUAAUUAUACGUCGAAGAACGUUGUAUUAUUUUUUCAAUCUCAUUGUACCAUGUGUACUCAUUGCCUCAAUGGCAGUUUUGGGAUUUACGCUGCCUCCAGACUCAGGAGAAAAGCUAUCAUUAGGUGUGACAAUCCUUCUUUCACUGACUGUGUUUCUUAACAUGGUAGCCGAAACAAUGCCCGCUACGUCGGACGCGGUGCCUCUUUUAGGAACUUACUUUAAUUGCAUCAUGUUUAUGGUGGCCUCAUCAGUGGUAUCAACAAUUCUCAUACUAAAUUAUCAUCACAGGAAUGCUGACACGCACGAAAUGUCACCAUGGGUAAGUUUAAAAUAUUUUUCUUUAAAUAAAACUAAUCUAGUAAAUCACGUGCAAAAUAAAAACAAUGAAUGA